CUUUGACAUUCAGAUCAAAAUCCCGUCUUGUUGUGAUUGUGGUUGUGAAUUUAGUCGAUUGGUUCAUGAUGUUUUCUCUGAUCGCCGUUGCCGCGUUAGCAACGAACCUGGUUGCUGCCACUCACAUCUUGCCAAGACAAACAUUUCCCAAUGAGACAUCCCCCGGCUCAGCAAACAACCAAUUUUCACCGCCAUUCUAUCCCUCGCCAUGGAUGACUGGACAAGGAGAUUGGGCAGAUGCUUAUGAGAAGGCGAAAGAUUUUGUUUCACAACUUACUCUUUUGGAGAAAGUCAAUCUCACAACUGGUGUUGGAUGGGAGGGCGAACAAUGUGUGGGACAAGUUGGAUCGAUUCCUCGUCUGGGAUUUAGAUCGCUGUGUAUGCAAGAUGCUCCCGUUGGAGUGAGAUUUGCGGAUUAUAUCAGUGUUUUCUCAUCUGGGCAAACUGUUGCUGCGACUUUUGACCGAGGCCUCUUCUAUGCUAGAGGCCAUGCUAUGGGGAAAGAGCACAAAGCUAAGGGCGUCACUGUUCAGCUUGGCCCUGUUGCUGGACCACUUGGAAGAGCGCCUGAAGGAGGCCGGAAUUGGGAGGGUUUCUCACCUGAUCCGUACCUGACUGGCAUUGCAAUCGCCGAGACCAUUAAGGGAACUCAAGAUGCCGGAAUCAUUGCUUGUGCUAAGCAUUAUAUCGCCAAUGAGCAGGAACACUUCCGUCAAGCUCCAGAAGCCAUUGGCUACGGAUACAAUAUUACGGAGUCCCUCUCCUCAAACGUCGAUGACACUACUAUGCACGAGCUCUACCUUUGGCCAUUCGCUGAUGCAGUCCGUGCUGGUGUCGGCUCCAUCAUGUGCUCUUACAACCAGAUCAACAAUUCGUAUGGAUGCCAGAACUCGAAACUUUUGAAUAAUAUCUUGAAGGAUGAGCUUGGAUUCCAAGGCUUUGUUAUGAGUGAUUGGCAGGCACAGCAUACUGGAGCUGCAUCGGCUGCUGCCGGUCUUGAUAUGAGCAUGCCAGGAGACACUGCUUUCAAUACUGGGUUGAGUUACUGGGGUACAAACUUGACUCUCGCCGUCAUCAAUGGAACAGUACCAGAAUGGCGCAUUGACGAUAUGGCCAUGAGAAUCAUGGCUGCCUAUUUCAAAGUUGGUCUUACCCUCAAUGAGCCUCCGAUCAACUUUGAUUCUUGGACUCUCGAUACCUUCGGUCCGUUACAUGCUUCUGUUGGAGCCAACAUUCAGCAAGUCAACUGGCAUGUUGACGUCCGCGAUAAUCAUGCCACCUUGAUUCGAGACAUUGGCGCCAGGGCGACGGUUCUGCUCAAGAAUGUCAACAAAACGUUACCCCUCAAUAAGCCAAAGUUCCUGGCUGUAAUUGGAGAUGAUGCAGGUCCCAAUAUUAAUGGUCCAAACAGUUGUCCAGAUCGUGGUUGUAAUAAUGGUACCUUGGGAAUGGCGUGGGGUUCUGGUAGCUCUAACUUCCCUUAUUUGGUUACACCAGAUACUGCUUUGCAAAAUCAAGCACUUGCAGACGGCACCAGGUACGAAAGUAUUUUGGACAAUUACGCUACGUCCCAGAUUAAUGCCCUGGUAUCCCAAGCGUAUGCAACUGCCAUUGUGUUCGUAAAUGCCAAUUCUGGAGAAGGUUACAUCAAUGUCGAUGGCAAUGAGGGUGAUCGCCAGAAUCUCACCCUCUGGGGAUCUGGUGACGAGCUGAUCAAGAACGUAUCUGCACGUUGCAACAACACCAUUGUUAUAAUCCACUCUACUGGACCAACGCUUGUUUCUGAAUGGUAUGACAGCCCGAACGUCACAGCAAUCUUGUGGGCAGGAGUUCCAGGUCAAGAGAGCGGAAACAGCAUCACGGAUGUCCUAUACGGAAAGGUCAACCCGGCAGCUCGAACUCCGUUUACCUGGGGGACUACCCGAGAAAGCUAUGGCACUGAUGUCCUUUACGAACCAAACAACGGUGAAGGGGCGCCGCAAGAUGAGUUCACGGAAGGCGUGUUUAUCGACUACCGUGCUUUCGACCGAAGCAAUACUACUCCGAUUUAUGAGUUUGGUUUCGGUCUAUCUUACACCACUUUCGAGUACUCAGAUCUUACUGUGACGAAAUACAAUGUCAGUGCUUAUACGCCUACCACAGGCACAACCGAAGCAGCACCAGUCCUUGGUAACUUCUCCACCAACCUAGGCGACUAUCUCUUCCCCAACGCAAGCUUUCCCCACAUCUGGCAAUACAUCUACCCAUAUCUCAACAGCAGCGAUGCUCGAACGGCAUCAGCGGAUCCCGAGUAUGGCCAAACAGCAGAUCAAUUUAUGCCCCCAGGGGCCAUUGACGGAUCACCACAGCCUUUACUCGGCGCCGGUGGAGCGCCAGGAGGAAAUCCUCAACUCUGGGACGUCUUAUACACCGUGAAAGCCACCAUUAAAAAUACCGGCUCCGUCAACGGCGAGGAAGUCCCUCAAUUAUAUGUCUCCCUUGGCGGUUCCAACCAACCCAGAGUCGUUCUUCGAGGUUUCGAGCGCCUGAGUAUCGGAGCUGGCGAGUCAGCUACUUUCACAGCUGAUGUUACUCGACGAGACCUCAGCAAUUGGGAUACCGUAUCUCAGAACUGGGUAAUUACUGAUGCACCAAAGACCGUAUACGUGGGCUCGAGCUCGAGGAAGUUGCCUCUGAGCCAAGCCUUAUAAGUUUGCAUCGUUUUGAUGUGUCGUCUUUACCAUGGGUGGAGGUGGGAACAGUGGUUGCGAUGGAGAGAAGUCGGUAAAAGACUUCGAUGACCCCAGGGAGCUGAAUUGAAACUCGUCAGGAGUAUAAACUGCCGCUCAUGACUUAUGAUAAAUGAUAUGCAGAGACGAAAAUGGGUUGGGAUUCAGCUUUCGGAUACGAGAAAGUACACAAUAAAGUAAUUCGUUAUCACAAACACUCAACUGUCCUUCGAAGCUCGUUGUUCAUGCUCUAAGUUUUUUCGCUGUCCAUUCUACCCACGUUGGUCAGAACUUGUACUGUUGAGAUUCUGUUUCUUGAUCUCAAUCAAGUAGCCGCCUGCUUGGACUUAAAGGAGGCCUGUGAAGUUAUCGCUUCUAGUCUGUCAAGUAAAUAUCAUGAGUUUAAUUUGAGACUUUACGAGGAAUUUCGAAAUCAGCCUCGUCCUCCCUUGCCCUCGAAAGUCUACAGCCGAAUGAACGAAUAUGAUAAAUCGAUAACGACAGUUUAUAAUACAAAUAGCAGACUCCAUUCAUUCCCGUGGGUAUAUAACGCAAGCAGUCAAACAUUGCGGCAAGAUAUUUCUCCAGCAAUCUGUUCUAAUAGCAGCAAUUGACGCUGGAUUUGAGCUACUCAUUUCAGCCCAGUUUGACUUUUUCAGACCCGUCAUGAUCCCCAUGUCCUCCACUGGUAAGCAUCUUUGGAGACCGAUGAGCUAUUAUGCUCCGCAUACCCAUUUGAUACACGGUCCAUGCUUCAGGGAACAGAAACUUCCUGAAAUUGUCUCUCAAAUUCCAGAAAGCUUGGGUUGUGGUGAGGAAUUCUGUUACAUCUUUAAUCGCCGUUGCAUCCAAGCCAUAGACUCCUAGGCCGUCAUGGCCGUUGUCGGAUUCGUCGCUAUCAGUAUCAUCGUCUACAACUGGUUCGCCCGCCAACGUGGUCAUCAAACCGAGGUUAAAGAAACUUCGGAACUGGAGAAAGUUUACCACUCCUGCUCGGCGAGAUUUCAAAGAUUCGGGCAUGCUAUCAUUUAUGAUUUGCUGAUCUCUUAUGAAGGUUUCAAGUCUAUCUCUUUGCAGAGUACGGGCCUCGGGUCCAGAAGCAGGUAAAGGAUCAAUCUGACGAAGUACUCCAAGAACGGUAGAGGCGAUCCUAGUAGUGCUCAUUCGGACGAGUCUGAUGCCCUGUAAAUGCAACCUUGACUUCGCCUCGACCAUUAGGUCCAAAGCAUAUUGCCGCAGCAGUCGUUCAAAGUUCCUAUGGAAUCGACUCUCACCUAGCUUUACUAUUGCAAGGCCACACAGCUCCUUGACAAAUGGAUCGUUGACGAGGAUUUGGGCAACAGCAAGGACGGCAAUAUGAAGAGAGUUGUCCCUCGAGAUAUGAGAGACUGAAGACGCUGCCGAGGUGGUAGAGUACAUCGAAUGAGAGGAUGACUCUGAUUCGUUGCCAUUCUCUGGCUUGUUAUGAAUCCGCCGACGUAGAGUUGAUUCUGGAUUGUCCCUGGAGAUAUGGCUAACAUUUUCGCCGUGAACUAGUAAUACCUCGUUCACUGGCUCUUCAGCUAGAGUCGAAACUUCAGGGACGACCAGAGCUGCGUCACCCAUCUUCAGAGGCUUCACAGCUUGAUUGUCUUUGGAAACAUGGCGUGAAACUUCGUCUUGCCCCCGGGAGACUUCUUCGAGCAGUCUCUCCGCCAGUGCCGAAGCUUCCGAGUUAGUCAGACCACCGCCACCAGUCCUGUAAUGUGUCAAAAGGAUCUUGACACAUUUGAGAGCGAGGAGCGGCACGAAUAACGCAGUAGCGAAGUGAGUAGAUAAGCUCAUCCAGGACGCUGACGAGACACUGGCGUCAUUUGUCAAGCCCGGUGUCCAUCUUUUGAUCAUGGACGUGUACGGCCGGGGCUCUAGAGGAGAGGCUAGAACAGUAAGACAUUGUGGAGCUACUGAAAUGUCCUAUCAUUGUCAGUUACAAGUGUGGUGAAAUGGAGUGGAUAGCUUGCUACCUACAUUCAAGCCUGCACAGUAUUCUCGCUCAUCCUUCUUUGUUGUCCAUACUUGAAUUCUGUCCGUCCUAUACAUAAACCAGAUACCAGCACUACCAAAAGCCACGGCAAGAAUUGUACUCAGUACUUGAGAGAUGCUUGGAAGUGAAGAAUAACGUGCGCUAGCUUGGUUGAUGGUAGUUGCCGCAGAAGGUGGCGCCUGAACCACAGAAAUGUUUUGGCCUACGGCUUGAGAGGGAGUGUUAGGGCUGUUAGAGUUGGCGGCGUUGCUUCCAUUGGAGAGAUGAGCUGUGUUGGGGAUGGCAGGAUUGGCAACCAUAGGAAUGCUCACGCCUGGUGCUGCCGUCGCCAUAACGAGAACGGAAGUUGCGGAUCAGGUGCCUUGUUACAGUCUGCGAGGAUAGACAGGCUUCGCUAUGUCAGAGUUCCGUGAGGGGACUUUGCUUUGCUUUGACUCGAAAUAGAAAGGUAAUAUUCGAAAUAAUCGCUGAAAAGUUGCAAACACAGCUACCCCACCAUGCUGCAGCCUUGCAUAUUGAAAAAAAACUGGCCCCCACGACAUCCUGCUCGGGAGGUACCCGUGUAUAUCUGUUAGAUGCUUAUAUGAAUGGAGGAGGUGUCGUGGAUUUCUACUCUCGAGAGUCGAAGAAUAUACUGAGUUGAUAGGAAUGAAGCUCGAAUCUGCUGGACCGACCAAAUUUUCUG